UAUCUAUUAUUCUUUAAAGUUUAAAUAUAGAAGAAUCAAUAAAAUUAUAGAAAGAUUUGGACGACACUUCUUAAUGCAAGUCUUUGAUUGUCUGUUGGUUAAAAGUUUCUAUGGAUUUUGUUGAUAGCGUAUUUGCUUAAAGAUUGUUUUGAAAGAGACGAAAAAAAAAAAAUUAAAUUAAAUGAUAGUUUUCUGGAUUUUCUUACCUUUUUCAUAAAUGUUUUGUUUGAAUUUGUUUCCUAUGAAAUUGUGUGGAUUCUUGUGGGGAAUUCUUUUUGAGGUUGUCUAAAGUAAUAGAUAGAAAAGGAAAUAGGAAUUCCAAGCUUUUGUUUGGAUGAAUAAUAGGAAAGAAGGAAAGAAGGAAAUGAUGCAGCAAGUGUGAAUUUUGUGAAAGUGAUCAAGAAAAUGGGUUUAUUUCAUGGGAUAGCAAGAAGAUAAAGGAAUGAUUAUUGUAAAAAGAAUCAAAAGGAAAUGUGUUGUACAACUACCAAGUAAGUGAAACUGAGGGAGAAAUUUUACUGUGGGUUGUAAGGGAGUCACAUGGAUGAGUACAAAAAUAAAGGGAAUUUGAAUAAUAUCAUUUUCAUGGUUUUAAUUACAUUACAUUAUAGAUGUUGGUGUGUCGAAAACUCACAUGUGGCCCUUGAGUGCUCUGUCGACUUGCUCCUCAUGUCCGACCUUUUCGUUCAAGUUGACCUAUAUGAGAGUACUCACAUCAAUGUGGUGUUGAACUUAAUACACUUGAGGGUCUAACUUUUUCCCUUUUGGUACUCACGGUCCUCCAUGCCGCUUCCUAGUUCCUUUGGACGUGGGCCUGUUUACUAACAAGUAACAACCGUUUAUGAAUGUUUAUGUUAAUUCAUAAUUUUCUUUUAAUUGUUUUCUUAUAACCUCUCACCACUCAUUUUCUUUUUACCCAAAUCUUUUCUUUUAAAUUUUUCUACCAGGUCUAUUUGAGUGUCCAAUGAGACUAUCAAAGCCCAGAUCAUAUGCCACCAAUCGCAUAUAAAUUCUACAUUAUUCUGUAUGUAUGUAGAACUGAUGCUUAUUUUUAUAGUUAAGAGUGGCUAGCUAGCAUCAUUUCAAUUAUUUUAUAUUUUCUUUAGAUUUAUGAUGGUUUGUAAUGUUAGACAUAAACAUUUUUUCCUUAUUAAAAACAUUGUGUCGAGAUUCUAGACUUUUGGACCAAAAUUUGGAUAGUGUGGAGUGAGCCACACACCUGGUGUGGUGAUGCAUAUGAAAUAUUUUGGAAGUGUUUAUAUAUUUUUUCUGAACUGUUUCAACAAGUUUUUGUUAGCCACCAACUAUUUUUGAAAAAAUGUUUUAAUUUUUAUAAGUUUGCAAUGGAUUCUAUAGUUUAGUUAGGAUAUAUUGUCAGCUCUCCAACAUUCUAAGUUUUUGGUGGUGUAAUAUGGGGCAAGGUAUGUUGAGAUAUAUAACCAAAUGAACCAUUAAGUUUAUUAUUUUCCCUCUGAGUACGUAUCAUUUCUUUUCCUUACUCUCUCAUUUUCAAUCAUCUAUCACAUUGAUUCAUACAAAAUUCCUACCUUUUUAUUAUAUGAUGACUUUCAUCGAGAAAAGAUGAAAGAACCAAAUCCCAACUUAUAAGCUUGCUCUUUUAGAUCUUCAAAAAACCCUGACAAUUCACAGAAGAGAAAGAACCAAGGAAGAGAGGAAGAUAAGUGGUUGUCGUUGCUGCCGUUGUCAGAGCAAGCCACUGUGGGUGUGCUGCCGUCGCUGUAGUUGUGUUGCCUCUGCUGUGGACCUUACAAAAUGCAGAGUUCAUCAUCAUCUUCUUUGGAUUGUCCUAAGAUGAACUACGACGUGUUCAUAAGCUUUAGAGGUAGAGAUGUUCGUCACACUUUUGCAGGAUAUUUGUAUGAUGCUUUGAAUCGUUUGGGGAUAAAAGCUUUCCUGGACGACAAGAGGUUUCUAAUUGGAGAUGAUCUUCAUGGCUUAUUCCAAAUAAUCGAUGAAUCGAGAUCUGCCAUUGUCGUUCUUUCUGAAGAUUAUGCUUCUGCUAAAUGGUGUUUGAGAGAGUUGACUAAGAUAAUGGAUUCCAUGGGAACUACGAUGGAUCGUGUUCUUCCUGUGUUUUAUCAUAUUGAUCCAUCGGUUGUUAAGGAUCAAUCUGGAACUUUUAAGAAAAGUUUUGAUGAACAUGAAGCCAAUGCUCUAAAGGAAAUUGAUGAUCAAGAGAAGGAGAAGCGCUUGAAGGAACUCCAAAGUUGGAAAAGUGCAAUGAAGAAAAUUGGCAAUCACACUGGAGUUGUCAUCACUAAGAAUAGUUCUGAGGUAGACAUAGUAAAUAAAAUUGCAAAUCAAAUAUUUGAUGUAUGGCGUCCUAAGUUGGAAGCAUUGAAUAAGAAUCUAGUUGGAAUGACAUCUCGAUUGCUCCAUAUGAACAUGCAUCUUGGUUUAGGAUUAGAUGACGUACGCUUUGUUGCGAUAGUAGGAAUGGGUGGUAUUGGUAAAACAACUAUUGCUCAAGUUGUUUUUGAUUGUAUUCUUUCAAAGUUUGAUGAUUGCUGCUUUCUAACAUUACCUGGAGGUGAUUCAAAGCAAAGUUUAGUGUCAUUACAAAGGGAAAUGCUUUCUCAAAUUUUUCAUAAAGAAGAUUUUAGAAUAUGGCAUGAGAAUCAUGGAGUAGAGAUGAUAAAAAAUCGACUGAGUGGUAGAAAGGUUCUUAUUGUUCUUGAUGGUGUUGAAGAGAGAAGGCAGUUAGAAAUGUUGGCUGGAAGCGCCGAGUGGUUUGGUCCUGGAAGCAGAAUCAUCAUUACAACUAGAAAUAAAGGAAUAUUGAACCAUCAUAAUUAUGAUGAAAUGAAAGAAUACAACGUUGAGGAACUAGAUCAUGAUAGUGCUCUUCAGCUCUUUUUGAAGCAUGCCUUUGGUAGUAAUCAUCAAAACAAUGACAGUUUCAUGGAUCUCAGUAACGAGAUGAUUGAGAAGGCUAAAAGACUUCCAUUGGCUUUAAGAGUGAUUGGAUCCUUUUUGUAUGGUAAAGAGAUUACAAUAUGGAGAGAAACAUUGAAGAGGCUCAUCAAAGUGGAUGAAAGAAGUUUUUUUCAUGUAUUGAAAAUAAGUUAUGAUGGAUUGGGAGUAGAAAGCCAACAAGUUUUUCUUGACAUUACAUGUUUCUUCAAUGGAAAAAAUGAAGAUAGAGUAAUUGAAAUAUUGGAGAGUUUUGGUUAUAGCCCUAAGAGUGAAAUACAAUUAUUGAUGCAAAGAUGUUUAAUUGAAGUUUCACAUAAGAAAAUAUUGGUGCAUGAUUUAAUUCUUGAAAUGGGUCGAGAAAUAGUGCGUAAGGAGUCUCUCACUCAACCAGAAAAACAGAGUAGGAUUUGGCUUCAUGAAGAUCUCUACUGCAAGUUUGCUGAAAAACAUGACUUGAUGCAUAUUCAAGGGAUAGUUUUAAGUUUGGAAAAAGAAAUGGAAGAAUCCAUAGAAUUGGAUGCCGAAUCCUUUUCCGAGAUGACCAAACUAAGAAUAUUGGAAAUCAAUAAUGUGGAGCUCUCUGAAGACAUUGAAUAUCUCUCUCAAUUGUUGCGGAUAAUUAAUUGGCCUGGUUAUCCUUCAAAGAGUUUGCCUCCAAUGUUUCAAUCGCGAUAUUUGUUUGAACUACUCUUGCCUCAUAGUCACAUUUUACGACUUUGGGAUGGAAAAAAGAGAUUUCCAAAGCUGAAAGUAAUUGAUGUUAGUAACUCAGAACACUUGAGGGUGACACCUGAUUUUUCUGGGGUUCCAAAUCUUGAGAGAUUGGUUCUAAGUAACUGUGUCAAAUUGUGUGAGAUUCAUCCCUCCAUCAAUUCUCUCAGCAAACUCAUUUUACUGGAUUUAGAGGGUUGUGGUGAUCUUAAACAUUUUCCACCAAAUAUAAGAUGCAAAAAUCUCCAAACUUUGAAACUUUCUGGUACAGGUCUUGAAACUUCUCCAGAGAUAGGGGGAAAUAUGGAACAUUUGACUCAUCUUCAUCUUGAUGAAUCUAAUAUAACCCAACUUCAUCCUUCAAUUGGGCAUCUAACUGGCUUAGUUUUGCUGGACCUAUCCUCCUGUUUGGGCCUUUCUAGUCUUCCUUGUGAAAUUGGUAACUUGAAGUCUUUGAAAACCCUCCUUUUGAAAUAUUGUGAAAAACUUGACCAAAUCCCGAAAAGCUUAGCAAAUGCAGAAUCCUUGGAGACACUUUGUAUUAGUGAAACUUCUAUAACCCAUUUACCAUCAAGCAUUAUUCAUUGUUUGAAGAAUUUAGAAACAUUAGAAUGUGAAGGACUAUCAUGUGGAAUUUGGAAGUCAAUGCUCCCCCAAUUCAACAUUCAUCAAACAGUAUCUACUGGUUUGGGGUGCCUUAAAACUCUUAAUUUGAUGGGUUGCAAACUUAUGGAUGAGGACAUUCCUGAAGAUCUCCAUUUCUUUUCCUCAUUAGAAACACUAGAUCUGAGCUAUAAUAACUUCACAACACUCCCUGUUAGUCUUAGCCACCUCAAUAAGUUAAAAACAUUGAACCUGAAUUUUUGCACUGAGCUUAAAGACUUACCAAAGCUUCCAGACAGUUUGCAAUAUGUAGGAGGAAUAGACUGCAGAUCAAUGUCAGAACAAUAUUAUAACAAAAUUUUGCUUAUCCCUUCAAGUUCUGGACACCAACUUUACCUUAAUUUUAUCAUUCGUUCCAAGGAUGCAAAUGUAGAAUGUGCCAUGAACGAGUUCCAACAUUCGAUAUUUACUCGAAGAUCGUUUGAGCUAAAUAUUAUAGAAGAGAAACCAUCCACUAUCAUCCAUAAAGAUGUCGACAUGUUGGAGUGGUUUGGCCAGAUAAAUGAAGGGAAUUGGAUAAACAUCCAGUAUGAGCAAGAAUUCUCAAUCAGUAAACCACUCAAUAUCAUGUAUGAAGAUGUUGAUCUAAGCAAUGUUUGUGGAGUUUUCCUCUCAACAAACAUUGAAUUUCCACAAAAUUUAGAUCAUCUUGCACUUGGAAGAUUCUCAGUUAGCUUUGAAAUUGAUGGGAAAUGUUCUGGUGGGACAAUGGGUUAUGAGAUGUCCCAAUUUAAAGCUACAAGAUUCUUUUGGGUAGCAUACAUACCGAUUUGGAUGUUUAUACAUCAUAGUUUGAUGGUUCAAAGAUGUUGCUCUAUCAAGGCUACAAUUAGUUAUUUUUGUGAUCAUAUCGAUGCAAGCAAGGUCAAAAUCAAAGCAUGUGGUGUUUCAUCUUUACUCUCCUGGCCAAAUGUAUCAGAGUAUUUGGCAAAGUUGUUCGCUAAACGUUAUUGCUCUAAACGCAAUUUCUGCACCAUGAUUCGACAACAUAAUGAUCAUAAUAGUGAAUGUAGGUGUGAUGAACUUGAGGUUGCAAAGGAUGACUUUUCAUCCUAUACAUUUGAAUCUGAUGAUUCAACAUUUUUGCUAAGGAUGAACCUCAGAGCAAUACUGGGGAUAAUGUUCGAGGAAAAAAAGCGUUACUACAUGAAAUACUUCUUCCCACAAACAAAAUUUUUUGGAUGGUUCAAAAAUCAGAACAAGAAAGACAAAGUAGCAGUGAAGAUUCCUGUAAAUAUAGACAAAGACAAGAAGUGGAUGGGGUUGGCAAUGUUCGUCGUCUUCUCGAUUUCCAAGAAAGCUUCUUGUUAUUGCUUUGAGUAUGAAAUACAAACAAAGGAAAAGAUUAUAUCCACCCAAAGGCACUCUAUCCCUAAGGAGGUUGCAGAGUAUUCAAAUCAAAUACUGUUUAUUGUGUUUGAACCACGGUAUAAUUGGUAUCCUUAUGAUGAACUAAAGUCUUCUUCAUCCAACCAUGUUUACAUUAAUUUCAAUACUAAUAGUGAAAGAAUGCGAGUUGAGUUAUGUGGAGCUCGUUUAGUUUAUCAGCAAAAUGUUGAAGGACUUAUUCACACAAUCGUGAAUUGCAUAGUGAAGAGUGGGGAUGAGCUUUAUGAAUAUUACAACCAACAAAUUGUGGAAUAUCAUUUGAAAAUGAUUAAUACACAUUGGUAUACAAUCUCAUUGCCUCGAAAUAACCCUGUGAAGAAUCAAAAACCAACUACUGCUUCAACUUGUAUUGCUUCAAGUCUUUCAGUUGAGCACCUUUUACAUGGAAGUUUCCCACACCCAUUCUUCCAUAAGUCCAUCCAGGAAAGAUUUGGAAGUAAGUUUGAUCUUCUUCUACGUGGUGAUAAGAUCCCAAAAUUUUUCACCAGUCAAAGCAGAGGAAACAUGACUGAAAUAAAGUUACCACAAUAUUUGGAAAAUUUUCGUGACAGUGUAGGUCUUGCUGUGUGUGCUCUUGUGGUUGUGGACAAGAAAAGAAGAAAACUAAAUGACAUUAUUCCAGAACAAGAGAGGUAUACAAAAGUUGUGGAUCUCAUAUGCAAAUUCAAAGUUGACUCAUAUCAAAUUUUGCAAGAGCACUGUCACUUUGUAUCUCAACAAAAACUCUUGAGUGAAUAUGCUUCACAGUUCAUUUGGCUCUCUUACAUUCCCCUUAAUGGAUUUGAUAUCAAUUGGCAUUAUUGCACCCAGUUUCAAAUUACACUUGAAACUAGUUGUUAUGAGCUAUUUGGAGUGAAGAAUUGUAGUCUUCAUCUGAUACAUAAACAUGAAAGGAUGAUGAUUGAUAAGAUGAUAAUGGAGUCAGCUGUUCCAUCCUCCACUAGCCACAAAGGAAAGGGGCCUCAAAUUCAAUGAUGACAUUGGACAAAAGAUGAACUGUGAACUUUAUCUUUCAAGUGUUUGGUUUUGUAUCAAUAACCUUUUUUGUUUCUUUACUUAGUUGUGGUUUUGUGAGAUGCUAUCAUCUUUAAAACAAUUAAUAUUUAUAAAUGAAA